CCAAAGUGGAGCUGGAGGCGGGGCGCACGGUGCUACGGCUGAGUGGAAAGAAAGUGGAAAGUGAGAAAAUACCUGAAUGGACUAUCUGGAAUAAGUCAUAGCCUUCCAGCUCUUCCCUGUGGCGACUCUCCCACCCACCAUCCUCUCCCACCCAUCCCUCUUCUCCUCCUCUGUGAUUGCUCCCCCGCUCUCCCGCCUCCCCUUCUCCUGCUCCCUCCUCAUCGGCCUCCAAGAUAGAUUCCCUCAGGAGUAAGGUUGACCUGCUCAAGCUGCCCCUGGCUCUAUCCACCAAGUCCAUCUCUGAGCGCAAGAGUCAGCUGGGAGGAGUCGGCGAGCAACGCAGCACGGCGGGAGGAGGAGGAGGCGGGGCUCGUAAAGCCCGCUCACCGCCGACCCGAGACAUGGACAACGAGUCGCAGUACUCGGGCUACUCAUACAAGUCGUCCCAUUCACGAAGCUCCCGCAAACACAGAGAUCGGAGGGAUCGUCACCGUUCAAAGAGCCGAGACAGUAGCAGUCGUGGAGACAAAUCAGUCACUAUCCAGACUCCAGGAGAACCGCUGCUGGAUGCAGAGUCUACCCGUGGAGACGACAGGGAUGAUAACUGGGGCGAGACAACGACGGUCGUCACCGGCACCUCAGAACACAGUAUCUCUAAUGAGGACCUGACCCGUGUCACCAAAGACUUAGAGGAGUCAACUCCACUUGAGUGUAAACGCUUCGUAGGCCCGGCUCUAGGAGGCUGCCUGAGCUUCUUUGCCCUGAUCACCCCGCUGGCCUUUCUCAUCCUCCCUCAGGUCCUGUGGCGUGACGGCCUUGAGCCCUGUGGCACGCCCUGUGAAGGCCUUUAUGUCUCUCUGGCCUUCAAGCUACUGGUUUUACUCAUCUCAUCCUGGGCGCUGUUCCUCCGCCCACCUCGGGCUACACUGCCUCGGUUCUUCGUGUUCCGCUGCUUGCUGAUGGUGCUGGUGUUCCUGUUCGUGGCAUCAUAUUGGUUGUUCUACGGUGUGCGGGUACUUGAGCCCAGGGAGAGGGACUACAGGGGGAUCGUGGAGUACGCUGCCUCUCUGGUGGACGCUCUGCUCUUCAUUCAGUAUCUGGCUCUGGUGCUGCUGGAGGUUCGACACCUGCAGCCAGCCUUUUGUCUCAAAGUUGUCCGGAGCACGGAUGGAGCAAGCCGGUUCUACAACGUUGGACACCUCAGUAUCCAGCGGGCAGCUGUCUGGGUGUUGGACCGUUAUUACAGCGACUUCCCUGUUUACAACCCCGCUCUGCUCAACCUGCCCAAGUCCAUCCUGUCCAAGAAGAUGACCGGCUUCAAGGUUUACUCUCUGGAUGAAAAUACCACCAAUAACUCCACUGGACAGUCCCGGGCCAUGAUAGCAGCAGCUGCCCGGAGGAGAGAUAACUCCCACAAUGAGUAUUACUACGAGGAGGCUGAGAUGGACCGGAGGGUCCGCAAACGUAAAGCCAGGCUGGUUGUGGCAGUAGAGGAAGCCUUCACACAUAUAAAACGUCUCCACGAAGAGGAGGCUGCCUCGUCACCCAAACACCCCAGAGAAGUGAUGGACCCUCGGGAAGCAGCUCAGGCCAUCUUUGCCCCGAUGGCGCGCGCCAUGCAGAAAUACCUGAGGACAACCCGACAGCAGGCCUUCCACAGCAUGGAGAGCAUCCUCACACACCUGCAGUUCUGCAUCACACACAACAUGACGCCCAAGGCGUUCCUGGAGCGUUAUCUCACCCCCGGCCCCACCAUGCAGUACCAGCAGCAGAACGGCAGGGGCCGCCAAUGGACUCUAGUGAGUGAGGAGCCUGUGACCUCGGCCCUGCGCCAGGGUCUGGUGUUCUCCAUGCGACGCCUCGAUUUCUCCCUGGUUGUCACGGUGACACCGCUCCCCUUCCUGCGGCUCGGGGAGGAGUUCAUUGACCCAAAGAGCCACAAAUUCGUCAUGAGGCUACAGUCAGAGACCUCGGUGUGAAAAUGACUUCUCUUUUUUUUUGUUUCCCACGCUGUCCCCUCUUUGGCUGGAUCUCACUUGUGUGGCAGGACAUGUGGAGGACAUAUGGUCCUCCUAAAUCUGAUUUUUUUUUUUUUUUUGUCUGUGACUCAAAAACCUUUAAAGGAGAGGAGAGAGUCCUCCUUCUCAGACGCUCUGAUAUCAAACUGUGAUCAGCUCUAAGAUUGUCCAAACCAGGAAUCAAACAGAUGCCUUGACUUUACUCUUUGUGUUUUUAUGUCUUCAUGACUAAAUGUAAAAAAACAUUUUUCUAACGGGGGCUUUUUCUACUUUUUUGGCCUUUCCUUUGCUGUAACCACUGGACUACUUCACUGCGCUGACUCAACACUCAAACCAGAGGAGGGGGAUUACGUCACACGUGUCACUUCCUCUUUCUCAUGUCUUAAAAACAGAUCUGGUCAGACCGAUCUACCACUGCUUCUCAGUUCCAUGUCAGUGCGAUAAGUUUGACGAGGAUGAAGACUUUUUCUGUUGAAGGGUGUGACUUUUUGUACUUACAGAAUGUAGCAUUAUGUGCAUUUCAAUUAACACAUGACUUUUGUUUGGCCUGAAAGCCAAACAACCUUUUAUCUCACUGUAAAAAACAUGGAAGAACAUUCCUAGGACUCCACUCUUCAUGUGUUCAUGAUUGUCACAAAUAUGCAGCUUUUCUUUAUUAAACACUGGUGUUUUUAUAAAUCAUUUCACAAGUUUAGCAGGAAGACAAAGCAAAGGCCUCAUUUACACCUGGUAUUAACAAAACUGCAGAGCUUAUCAUGAAAAGGAUGUCAAAACAUUAACCUUAUGUCAGAAUUAAACAUUCUCAUAGGGGACAUGUCCCAUAAAAGUGCAGAAAAAACAACAUAUUAUGAGAGUAUCUUGACGUUUUAUCCUACUGAGGUUGUGAUUUUUAUCACAUAAACUUCACAAAUUUUAUUUGUAAAAAUGCAAACUUUUUUUUUCAAAAUAGCUUAGCAUUACAGUUUUAAACCUACAAUAUUAAAUGUGAGUAACGUAUCUUCUGAGUACUAUCUCAAGAUGAAAGAGCUUUUUACAGAGUGUGCAAAAAUGGGUGGAAAACGGUGAAAAGCGGUUAAAGUGGCAAAAUAGGUAUAAAUUGGCCAAAAGUUGAAAGUGGCUAAAAUAACCUGAAAAAGUAGGAUAAAGUAUCAAAAUGAUGCAAAAAAUCACUUACAAUCAUGCAAAAAGGGGCAGAAAUGGGUGAAAAUGCUUUAACAUACAAAUAUUAAGUAGCAUAAGAUAUGAAAACAACGGUUUUACAGUACAGCUUUUAAAAUACUUUCUUAAAAAAAAUUUUUUUUUUUUUUUAAAUUACUGUGCAAUUGUGGCACUAUUGUGAACUUAAAUCCAAUUUAAACAAAAAUAAUUGCAGCUCUUUAUGGAGUUAUGUAAUUACACAGAUUGACCUUGCAACUACAGCUACAUUAAUGUUGCAGCACUAGUGUACAUAUGUGUUAUCACAGUCAGGAAAAUAGAGAAAUUCACAGAAAAUAAUUCUUACCUUACACACUUUGUGGCGUACUUUGAGUCGCUUUGGUCAGAUAUGGCUCUUUUACACUCCACCAUUGUUUGAAGUGUUUUUCUUGAGGAGCAGUUAAUCAGUUAUACACCACUUCCAUGCUGAGUACCUGUGCCUGUGCACAUACAAGAGUAAUUGUACCACAAUAAAGCACAGUACUUUUAUCUGUGCCAGGGCCAAGCAAGUGUACAAUGCCUGAGCGUGGCACAGAGCACUCACACUGGUCAAACAAACUAGACUUUAGGGGUCAAACAUGCUUGAGCUCAUUAGAAUUGUUCGCCUAGUAUGAGUGUGGCCUUAGAGAGUGUGAAGGAUUUGCUAAUAGUGUUGCAGGAAAAUUAGCAUAUAAAGAAAGCUGAUUUCAUUUAAAGCUCUAGUGAGGAGCUUUAGUCCACCUGUGGACUAAAUGGUACGUCUUAUGUCUUGCUCAUUAUGGUCUGUACAGGUGUAAAAUAUGUUUUUUAAAUAGCACAUAAUCUCACUUUGUUUUGAUAGCUAGACUUAUCUCUCACUGUGAAUAUUUUCUCUGUAAAAUAUAAACAGACUGUUUACGCAGCCAGCCGUGUGGCAGCAGUGUCAGAUGAUGGUUGUCAUGUUUGUUUUUGAGGCAUCAGUACUUUAAAGGGUGAUCAGAAGCAGCUUAAAACUCCCCACAGGAGCUUUCAAAGAAGAAAAACCCAGAAUGCAAGCAUCAGUGAACUAUUUUAUAACAGCAUAUCCACAGUCUUAGGAGGAAUCCAUGAGUAUCUAAAGUGUCAUUUAUAUCCAAUCAUAGAGCAGAACAGAGGUGUAAAUGUAAAGGCUAAUGGUCAGAUAUCAUUCUCCAGAUUCAUACUGUAUCACAUGUUAAUACCAGGUGUAAAUGGGGUCAUUUUCUGUAUCACACUUUUACAAUGUGCACAAACAAUCUUCAGUCCUGAACCGGCAGCUUCAGUCUAACUCAGCUGAUUUUUAUGUUUCUUUUUCUGCAAAAAUCCCAAACCAGACGUGUGAUUGUACCUCCUCUCUGCAGCUCCUCUGCAGCAGUAGCGUCUCACCGCCUUGUACCCCAAGCUUGAACAAAUACAGUGACCUACCGCGCUGCCUCCAUCACACACAGCCUUACUCUUCACACAAGGAAGAGGAACAGCGUCUGUCCUCACGCUGACUCCACCGUUCUCUUCAUGGUCCUUGAAACUUACUGCUAACUGAUUGAGCCACAACUUGACUCCCUGUCUGAUUUCUAUGCUAAAUACGGAUCAAAAAUCCCUUUAACAUUUCUUUAAAUAUCCAAAUACGAAGCCUGUUGUGUUCAUUGGAAAGCAGAUGUUUUUUUUAAAUGCAUGCUAGAGUUAUUUCCAGCUCAAAUGUUUUUAUAAUAACUUGUUUUCUAUCAUUUUGAAGGUGCCUAAGUUAUGAUGAUGCAAUUUUUCUGAAUGUUUUUACUUUUGAAAACUAAGUGGCUUGUAAAAAAAUGUAGAUUUGUCAUGUAUUUUUCUCCUUUUGGUAACUGUAGCUUGUAUA